UCAGGCCUGUAAAUUUUGGCCCUUUCUGGCCCUAUUUAAUUGGCUGUUAAACACGUGGAAGGGCUUUAUAUCCACGUGUGUAUAGCAGAAAUUGCAUGGUCGUAUACUCAAAAGGCAGAGAAUUUCAAGCGACCUUACUUUCAACUCUCAAUCUCUUUCAAUUUUUCAGAUCUUUCAAGAUUGAAACAGGAAAUGUAGCUUCAGAAGAACCUAUAAAAGAGAAGUGCCAAUGCUGCAACUUUGACGAAACUCUAAACAAGGCCGUGAAGUGUAAAUUCUGUUACUGCAAUGGAACUCAAAACAAGGUCGCUGCAUUAAAUAUAGGACCUGAAGCCAAUAUUCAAACUUUUUGUGGGACACUUCAGAAGAGGAGCCUUGGAACAACUGGUUCUGUCCUUCCCCGGACCCUGCCAAUGCGGGAUGCUUGUGCACUGCCCAUUUGUGGGACACUUCUGAUUCCGUGUCGAACAACAAAUUGGGGAAGAUUUCCACUCAAUGGAACAUACUUCCAAGUAAAUGAGGUUUUUGCAGAUGAAGGUUCCGCUCAACAGCCAAUUGAAGUUUCAAGGGCAUGGAUAUGGAACUUGCCAAGAAAGACCCUAAACUGUGGCACCUCCAUUAGAGCAAUAUUUAAAGCGUCUUUGGAUAUUGGAACAUGGUACUUUUUAUACCGAGAGCUAAAAGGAGAUAUGGAUGAUUACGAGAUGCCGAAGAGCAAGUACCUCCAGGCUCCAUCUUUUGCCAUGAGUGCAUCAGAGGAAUGAAAGCCAUUUUUGUUAUUGCAAAAGUUAUUUGUCUUUAUGGAUAGAAGUUAUUAUGUUUUUUUAAUGAUUCUCCCAGCAGAGCAGCAAAGAAGUUUAUGCCGUGGUCUUAGAAUUAUAAAAGUAUUAGCAUGUUAGAAGAUUCAACCAUUACCCUCUACAAAUUAUCGGAAUGUCAAAUAGUUGCAGGUGCCGAUUGAAAGAGGAAGUACUUCAUCAGAAGAAAAUGAUGGUAAACAAGAAGCAUUGCAGGAGGUUGACGCACAUGUAAAAGCAGUUUUUAUGAGACAUUACCAACUUGUAUUUAAUGAGAGUUGGAGAGGCUGUUUUCGAAAGAGAGGCUAUUUCUGAAAGACUCCCGGCUCAAAAAAUGAGACAUCAAAAUAGCAAGAUACAAAGGAUAUGCAGCAAAAAUAGGAAUACACAUCAAAUCAUAGGAGACUACGCGAUAAUUGAAUACUACCACUAAAAGGGAAAGUUGAGAAGAGGGGCUAUCCCCGUCUCCCACACAGGGUGUGACAACACACAACUACCUACUAGCCUUCUACCUUAAUCCUCGACCUUCAUACCUUCCUAGUCAGGUCCUCAUCUAUGUCCUGUCUAAUCACCUUCUCCCAUUUCUUCUUCGGCCUACCUCUACCUCUACCUCUCCUACCCUUGCAACGGCCAACCUCUCACAGCUACUCACUCACGCAUCCUCACACUUUCUUCUUCACAUGCCCCAACCAUCUCAGCCGCGCUUCCCUCAUUUUGUUCUCCGCUGAUGCCUCUCCCACCUUGUGCCGUAUAUAACUUCGUUCCUAAUCAUAUCUCUCCAGGUAUGCCCACACGUCCAUCUAAGCAUCCUCAUUUCCGCUACCUUCAUCUUCUAAAUAUGGGCAUUCUUGAUUAGCCAUCACUCUGUCCCAUACAUUAACGUCGAUCUAACCACCACUUUGUAAAACUUACCUUUAAGCCUGGACGAUACAUUUUUAUUGCGCAGUACCCAGAGGCGAGCCUCCACUUCACCCAUCCCGAUCCAAUACGAUGAGCACAUCGUAUUGGAGCAUCUUCGUCAAGAAGAUACAAAUGAUCAUUGAUACAAAUGAUCAUUCUACAUAUAAUAUAGUGUAUGAGGAAAUCAUAGGCAUCUAGUAGAUCAGUUGGUUGACUACCUGAAUUUUCACUUUGUUGGUGAGGGUUUGAAUCCCCACGUUAU